UGACACCCACCGGAAGUAAACAGACAGCGCUAGCAGAAUUAGCUAGUAGGUGCACGUUAGCAGUUAGCUGGAAGACAGCAGUGUGGUCGUGUCACGGGUGAAUGUUCAAGUAGUGGACGGAGCAGUGAUGUCUUCGGUUCAGUAUUUGAGAGAGUUUAUCAGCGAGCGACUAACAGCUGCUGCUGAGGAGAUAUUCACGGUCUUUGAAAAAACCAUCGUCCAGUACGAAGAAGAGGUCGAUCGUCAGCGCAGACUGCUGGAGACCGUUUUGAAACCUGAAAUAAAGCUGCACAGGAUCGAGCUCCCACAGCAGCAUGUCUGUAAGGAGGAGGAGGUUCUCACUGACCAGCAGCUCUGUCACCAGGAGAGGAACUCCAGUCUGGACCAAGAGGAAAAAGAACCUCCACAGAUUAAAGAGGAACAGGAGGAAAUGUGCACCAGUCAGGAGGGAGAGCAUCUCGUACUGAAGCAGGAGACGGAAACCUGCAUGUUGACUCCUCAUGGUGAGGAAAGUGACCAUAGAGAAAUAGAGGGUGAGCACCAGGUCCUCUCUCACAACUCUCCUGUAGCUGAGAGCCAAGAUCAGAACAGAAGAAAACAUAUGGAUUCAGAAUCAACACGAAAUGAAGAACCAAACCCACAGAAGAGUUUUCCUGCAAACAGGAGUCACAGUAACAAUAUGGACAACUCUCCCAAAUCAGAGAUUAACUCUAAUACUCAAACAGAGCUCCCACAGCAGCAUGUCUGUAAGGAGGAGGAGGUUCUCACUGACCAGCAACUCUGUCACCAGGAGAGGAACUCCAGUCUGGACCAAGAGGAACAAGAACCUCCACAGAUUAAAGAGGAACAGGAGGAAAUGUGCACCAGUCAGGAGGGAGAGCAGCUCGUACUGAAGCAGGAGACUGAAACCUGCAUGUUGACUCCUCAUGGUGAGGAAAGUGACAACAGAGAACCAGACAGUGAGCACCUCCUCUCUCACAACUCUCCUGUAGCUGAGAGCCAAGAUCAGAACAGAAGAAAAUAUAUGGAUUCAGAAUCAACAGGAAAUGAAGAACCAAACCCACAGAAGAGUUUUCAUGAAAACAGGAGUCACAGUAGCAAUGUGGACAACUCUCCCAAAUCAGAGAUUAACUAUAAUACUCAAACAGGUAGAAAGUCUUUCAAAUGUGACACUUGUAGAAAAACGUAUGUAUGCAAGCAUAAAUUGAAGAUUCAUCUGAGAACACACACAGGUGAAAAACCUUAUUUAUGCAAAAUAUGUCAUAAAGGAUUUGUAAGGAAUGGUGAUCUGAAAGUCCACAUGAGAAUUCACACUGGUGAGAAGCCAUAUUCUUGCCAAACAUGCGAGAAAAGUUUUAGACUUAGUGAUGAAUUGAAAGUCCACAUUAGAACUCACACUGGUGAGAAGCCAUAUUCUUGUCAAACAUGUACAAAACGUUUUGUAAGGAGUUGUGAUUAUAAAGUCCACAUGAGAAUUCACACUGGUGAGAAGCCAUAUUCUUGCCAAACAUGCGAGAAAAGGUUUAGACGUAGUGAUGAAUUGAAAGUCCACAUUAGAACUCACACUGGUGAGAAGCCAUAUUCUUGUCAAACAUGUACAAAACGUUUUGUAAGGAGUUGUGAUAAUAAAGUCCACAUGAGAAUUCACACUGGUGAGAAGGCAUUUACGUGCAAAAUAUGUCAUAAACGUUUUGUAAGGAGUGGUGAUUUGAAAAUCCACCUGAGAACUCACCAAGUUGAGAAGCCAUUUUCGUGCAAAAUAUGUCCGAAAUAUUUUGUAAGAAGUAGCAAAUUGAAAAUCCAUAUGAGGAUUCACACUGGUGAGAAGCCAUAUUCUUGCAAAACAUGUGGUAAAAGGUUUGGACGUGGUGAUCAUUUGAAAGUCCACAUUAGAACUCACCGUUGAGAAGCCACAUUCUUGCGAAACAAUUCUGAAUUGUUUUGGAAGUAGUGGGAUCUUGAAAGUCCAGAUGAUGCCUCACAUGUCAGAAGCCGUACACCUGCAUUAUCUGUGGGAGAAGUUUAGAGUUACUACACAAUGGAAAUUUUACAUUAACACAACUCAUGUAGUAAAUGUAGUAGCUCUAUGAAAUGUGCCACAUAAUAAACUUUUAUUUUCCUAACUAGAAUAUUUCUUUCAAUUCUGGUUCCUCAGACUGAUGUUCCCGAUUUGAUGUAUUAUAACUAAUAAAAUC